UUGUAAACACUCAUCGAGAUGGUUGUGAUGGAGGCCGAGGGAAUUGUUAACAACGUUGUCCACUGUCAUAUCUUUGAUAUUAUAUAUGGAAAUAUCACGGAAUUAAGAUAAUACCACAUUUGAAAAUAAGAUGAGUAUGGAAAAGAACCGUGAGAACAGAUAUGCAGGUAUUCCAAGACUCGAAGAUUACAGCGCUUCACCGACAUUCGGGUUCGUCGAAGAAUCUCCAUCGCUGAAUCUCCCUGAAUACUUCCAGCGAUGGGUCGAACUAGCCACUCAUACCGAAGAGCUGAUCAGGAGUGGUCAGAUCAGGCAAGAGGUUCACCAGCUUCCAGUGCUGGAUCACACUCGACUUGAUAGCCCCCAAGCUUAUAAAGCUGCCAUGGUGUGUUUAGUAGCCCUCACACAGGCCUAUGUAUGGUGUGAAGGGGAGGAUGGAAUUCCUGAGGUCCUACCUCGAUGUCUUGCUGUCCCUUUAGCAGCUGUAGCAGACUAUCUUCAAGUACCUCCGUCCAUGCACUCGUACAGUUUUGGUCUCAUCAAUUGGAAACUCACAGAUCCAGACGGGAAAGUAGAACUCGACAAUUUAGAAACGCUUGUGCAAAUCUGUGGAGGGUCUGAUGAAUCCUGGUUCUUCUGCACAGCAACCCAGGUGGAAUUAGACUUUGCUCCAGCCCUUAACAGUAUGAUAGAAGCACAGAAGGCCGUCGUUGACAAGGAUGUGCACAAGAUGAUCAAAGAGUUGCAGACAAUAGAGGGAGCUGUACACAAGAUGAAAAACAGUUUUAGCAAGAUGAUUGAUGGAUGCAGGCCUCAUGUUUUCUACAAUGUAUUCAGACCAUUCCUAGCUGGUUGGGAUGCACCCGCCUUUAAGAAGAAGGGACUCAAAGGGUUAAUCUAUGAGGGAGUCAGUGAAGAGCCACUCUCGUACACAGGAGGCAGUGCUGCUCAGAGUUCCACGUUACAAUGUCUCGACGCUGCUCUAGGUGUAACCCAUCAAGAAUCACAAGACAAAUUGUGCAAGUCCUUUCAGCAGUAUAUGCCCAAGCCACACAGAGAUCUUAUAAAGGCUAUACAGGAAGGACCAUCAAUAAAAGAAUUUGUUCAUAACUCUGGGUCAUCAAAAGCAGUCGAGUGCUUCAAUAACAGUCUCAUGGCAGUCAAAGGUUUCCGAGAUAUCCACCUUCAGAUUGUAACUAGGUACAUCAUUAUCAUGUCACAGAAGAGUAAUGCGAAUAAGAAGUAUCUGACGCAGCAUGAGGCUGGUACUGGAGGGUCAGGUUUCAUGACGUUCUUGAAGGGACUUCGAGAUGCCACCAUUUGCACCAUGCUGGGUAGGGAUCUAAAUGAGCACACCACUACGGCAGAUGCAGUUGCCAAGACAACAAAUGGUGCCAUCUGUAAGAGUAGUCGUCAAGAUGUGGAGUGGAGUAGAUGGAAGAAAUACAUAGCAUUUCUGACUCUUUGUGUACUGGUAGUGCUUCUUAUCAUUUUGAUCAUCUUUCUGGCAUGGACGUCUAUGGUACCAUUGUAUACAUACAUCUACAUAUGGCUAGUAUGGAAAGUUAUACUGCAGUAGGCUUAGGAUUGCACCAUGUGAGAGAGUGGGGAGGAUUGGGGAGCUAGUCCUGGAAAGGACAAUCAGUAAUCUUUCUUUCUUGAGUGUGUGAGUAGUCCUGAUAAGGACUGUUGGUAAUCUUUCUUGAGCUUAUAGUUCUAAAGAGAACUAUGUGUGUAGUUGUUUUACUUACUGAAUUGUUCUGUUUAUUGCCUGUUUUAAAAACAGAGAAGACACCAAAAUUUUGAAUGUGCAUUAAUUCAUUUAACUGUUUUCAUUCUGUGCAGCUUUUGUACUUAUCUGUAUUUUGUACUUGUCUUUCUGCCUGUUUUAAUAACAGAGAAGCCACUGACAUUCUGAAUGUGCAUUAAUUCAUUGUCUGUAUUCACUCAUACUGGUAUGUGCUAUAUUUUGUACUUGUCUUUCAACAAUGUUAUCUAAAUGCUGAUCCCUUACAAAAAUGUACCAUGGUAACCAUGGUACUUUUGUCCAAAUAAGGGAGUUUACAGAUAGCACAUGGUACAAAUGACCCCCCAA